AUGAAAAGAGAUGCGGCAGAAUUUGUGAAAAAGUGUCGCAGUUGUCAGGCAGAAGCAGUGCCACUCCGUAAGGCCAUAGGAGGAGCAAUGAAAAAUUUCAUCAAAGAAAAUAUAAUUGUAAGGUUUGGGGUGCCUCACAAGAUCAUCAGUGACAAUGGCACACCAUUUGUCAACAGUGAUGUAAGGAAGAUGCUAGAGUUCUAUCAAGUCAAGCACCACCAAUCAUUGCCUUAUUACCUUCAAGGGAAUGGGCAAGCAGAGGCAAUGAACAAAACUCUCAUCAAGAUCAUCAGUAAAAUGAGCCAAGAGUAUAUGGGAGGAUGGGCGACGCACCUGCCAGAUGCUCUCUGGGCUUAUAGAAAAUCACCAAAGUCAGCCACAGACUUUUCACCCUUUUCCUUAGUUUACGGAACUGCGGUAGUAAGCCCGGCAGAAAUAAUGACACCGUCCCUAAGAGUUAUGCAGAUGCGAGAAAAGGAAAAGGAGGGAGAAGUCUUUGCGGCGAAAAGGUGCGAAGACCUAGAAGGACUUGAUGAAAAGAGAGAAAAGGCCCAGGAACGCAGCCGAAGAUACAGACAAAAGAUAACUGAAGCCUAUGGCAGGAUGACUAAGGAAAGAGUGUUCGCAGAAGGACAACUUGUGUUAAAGGUGGCAGACUAUGUCAGGCGAGGUCUAGCAGGACCAUCUAAGUUUAUACCAAAGUGGGAGGGACCCCUUGUGAUAAGGAAGCACAUCAAAGUGGGUAUUAUUGCCUAA